GCAUCCAACGUGGGUCGCGGCUGGAGCGCGAGCGGGUUCACAUUAACGGCCGAUUGCAAACGGCCAGCAGUUGAGUCAGGAGGGCCAGGGGUUUGCAGAGAAAAAGAUAGUGUAGAGCAGCACAGUGAGGAGUUCUCGCUGAACUUGGCUUUAUUUCGAAGUAGGAGAGCGAGCGAGUUACCUAUCCUCAGAGCCGAUCGGUGUGAGGGCUGGAGCUGUGGCUUGGAUUGUGUUCGUGGAGCGGCGGUCACUCGGUGCGAGGCAAGAUGGCGGCGCUCGGGCUGCCGGCGUUGCUGCUGCCCCUGCUGCUGGCUUUGAGCGCCCCCAAGCCGGCCGCGUGCACGGGACUGGGACGUGAAGGUGGUUCUCGUUCUGUCACCCCCGGGGCCUUGCCGUGUAUCCCGGGCUGUAUGUGCAGCGGGGAGCAGCUGGACUGCAGCAAACAGGCCUGGACUCACAUUCCCCACCAGCUGCCUUCCUGGGUCGUCUACCUAAACCUGAGCUACAACAAACUGGCAACAAUAGAUCCCUCUGUUUUCACAGAACUGCACAGUCUUCGUGAAAUACGACUUGAUCAUAAUGAGUUGACUGCAAUCCCUGAGAUAGGACCUCCUUCAGCCAGUCUUGUGUUCCUCUAUUUGCACCACAACAAGAUACGCAGCAUUGAGCCAAAUCAUUUGAGCUACUACCACUCUCUAGAAACACUCGACCUAACCUACAACGAAAUUACUGAAAUGCAAAAUAAUUGCUUUCCAUGGCAACUCAAAAUUAAAGACCUCUAUCUCAGUAACAAUCGAAUAAGCAUUUUGGAACCUGGCACAUUUGAUAAUUUGUCAAGCACCUUACAAGUUCUUCGACUGAGCAAAAAUCGGAUUUCACAUCUACCUGUCAAGAUUUUCAAGUUGCCACAUUUGCUGCAUCUAGAACUGAACCGAAACAGGAUACGUCUCAUCGAUGGGCUAACAUUCCAUGGAUUAGACAGCUUAGAAGUGCUUAAAUUACAGAGAAAUAACAUCAGCAAACUCAUGGAUGGUGCCUUUUGGGGUCUUGCCAGGAUGCAAAUUUUACAUUUGGACAAUAAUGUCUUGAAUGAAGUGAAAAGUGGCUGGCUUUACGGAUUGUCUUCUCUGCAGCAGCUUUUUCUGAACUACAAUACUAUCUCUCGAAUACAUCCUGAUGCCUGGGGAUUCUGCCAGAAGUUAGUGGAAUUAAAUCUUUCUCACAAUAAUCUGAUCAGGUUGGAUGAGGGAAGCCUAACAGGACUAAGCGGGCUCCAGAUUCUUCGCUUAAGUCACAACAGUAUAAGCCAUAUUGCUGAUGGGACCUUUAAAGGACUUCGAACUCUACGAGUAUUGGAACUAGACAAUAAUGAAAUCUCAGGAAUAAUAGAAGAUACAAAUGGGGCCUUUGUUGGCUUGGAUGGUCUGAGCAAGCUAACACUGUUUGGAAACGAGAUCAAAUCUAUAGCCAAAAAGGCAUUCAUAGGCCUGGAGGCCCUCGAACACCUAAAUCUGGGAAACAAUAUGAUCAGGUCAAUCCAGGAAGAAGCAUUCAUCAAAAUGAAGAAUCUGAAAGAACUAUCAAUGAACAGUGAUAGCUUUUUAUGUGACUGCCAAUUAAAAUGGCUGCCACAGUGGCUCAUUGAAAAAGGCUUCCAAUCCAGUAUAGUCGCUACAUGCGCUCAUCCAGAAUCGCUAAAAGGCCAAAGCAUCUUCAUUGUCACUGCAGAAAGUUUUGUUUGUGAUGACUUUCCAAAGCCUCAGAUCAUAGUUCAACCUGAGACAACCAUGGCUAUGCUUGGCAAAGAUAUACGUUUCACUUGUUCUGCAGCAAGCAGUAGCAACUUUCCGAUGAUAUUUGCCUGGAAGAAAGAUCAUGAAAUUCUUCACACUGCUGAGAUUGAGAACUUUGCACAUGUGCAGGCAAAGGAUGGUGAAGUAAUGGAAUACACAACCAGUCUUCUUUUAAGAAAAGUGAAAUUUUCAGAUGAGGGAAAAUAUCAGUGUAUUAUAACUAACAACUUUGGCUCGACCUACUCCAAUAAAGCUAAGCUUACAGUAAAUGUGUUACCGUCAUUUGUUAAGACCCCAAGAGAUAUUACGAUUCGAACAGGAGCCAAUGCUCGUCUUGAAUGUGCUGCCACUGGUCAUCCGACUCCACAAAUUGCAUGGCAGAAGGAUGGUGGCACAGAUUUUCCUGCAGCUCGAGAAAGGCGAAUGCACGUGAUGCCGGAAGAUGAUGUUUUCUUUAUCGUGGAUGUCAAAAUUGAAGACAUGGGAGUUUAUACUUGUACAGCUCAAAAUAUUGCUGGGGCCAUUUUGGCCAAUGCCUCACUCAUGGUGUUGGAAACCCCAUCACUGGUUUAUGCCCUUGAAGACCAAACUGCAGUGAUUGGUGAAACUAUAGCUCUGCAAUGCAUGGCAUCAGGAAGCCCAUCUCCACGGAUAACUUGGUUAAAAGGUGAUGAACCUCUGGUGGUUACAAAGAGACAUCAUUUCACAUCUGGAAAUCAGCUGCUCAUCAUACGAAAUGUGGUAUUGGAUGAUGAGGGUAAAUACACAUGUGAGAUGUCUAACACCCUCGGCACGGAGCGAGCUCAUAGCCACCUCAGCGUUUUACCAUCAUCAAGGUGUGUUGUGGGACAAAGCAAAAAAGAUGGAACUAUGACUGUCGGUAUUGUCGUCAUUGCUGUAGUCUGCAGUAUUGUAAUAACGUCACUGGUUUGGGUAUGCAUCAUCUAUCAGACUAGGAAGAAGAGUGAAGAAUACAGUGUUACCAAUACAGAUGAAACCAUUGUGCCACCUGAUGUACCGAGUUACCUCUCUUCCCAAGGGACAUUGGCUGAGCAUCAGGAAACGUGUGUCAAGAUAGAUGACAGUAGCAAUUUGCAAUUAGCAGCAACACUUUCUAAUGGACGUAUGGAGAGCAAUGGUAUGUGUCAGUCUAAUGCUGUAAGCUGUGUAGAAGUGGCAUCCCAUAAUCACUGCAGUCAAACAAAUUGUUUUGGUUCUAAUGUAAAUGAUGGAUGUAAACAUGUAGCAGGAGGAAGGCUGGGGUCAGAAAAAACAGGUUAUUUUGGUGUUCCAGAUCAGUUUGGUACUACCAAAAUUUCUUCCAAGGAACAUGAAUGGUCAAAUCCAAAUAAAUGUGUGGAUCAUGUGGAUGGAAAUCAUGGUACAGAACGGAAUGGAACAGACGGAGGCGUUUUGAAUUGUUAUUUAUGCAACGGAACAUCCAGUGGUCUAAGGGAGAGACAAGGGCUUGUGUAUCCUAGCAAUCAUGACAGGAUGGUGUCACAGGUACAAAAUGUAACACCUGCAAAGAUUGCUGAUACAAAAGGUCUGUCUUCCCAACCUGUGCAAUUUUGUCAGGAACAUCAUAAGCCUGUACAACUUCCAUUGUUGGAGACCUCAAGCCAUCAAUCAGUACCUUUGUGUGAGAAACCUCAGCCUGUACUGUGCAGUGAUGCAGAAGGUGACAUCAAACAGUCUUUACUACUGAAUGGACAGUUAUCACAAUCUUACAACUUGGUCUGAAGAACAAGUAAAUUGAAUACAAACUUAUGCCUGUGCACUGAAAACAAUUUUUUGUUACUACCUCAUCUACAAUGAAGAGUCAUGGCAGGACAGAGCUUGUAUGGGAACAAUCCUAUUUGAGCGUUCUUUGUUUAUUUUUAAGCUUCCUUGGGAAGUAUUAGUAGCUCAACAAUUGACUUGCAUUUAAAGCAUGUAAAUGCAGGGCAUAAUGUAUAUAAAGGAAUGUUUUGCUUUUCUAUGUUUGUAUAUGUGUUUCCAUAUGUAUCUUUUACAGAAGAUAUUUUAAACCUAUUUAGUGCAUGAAUAACUUUCUAGAAUUUUGAAGCUAUUUCUCGGUUAUGUUGGUUGCUGUUCUUAAAUUUUGCAAAACCUACUGGUGCCUUAAAGAAAAGGGUCAUAAUGAAAGUGAUUACUUAUAAACACAUUUACCCUUACACUGAAUAUAAUUACCAUACUGGACAUGACAAAAAGAAUUUUGUAAGGAAAUGCUUACAUUGUUUGAUGAGGGUCUUAAAGACAUUACAUUUCUCCAGUGUCAUUUUCUUUGUAGUUUGGUACAGAAAUGAUAGAAAAGUCACUCAUAGUUGUAAUGGUAUAAGUUGGAAUUCUGUGACUGUGAAAUAUAGGACUUUGUUAUCAGCCAAUGGGACACUGGAGAAAUUGAAAAUAUGUACAGUGUCCAGAUCACUUGGAAAAGAGAUCGUGUUAGUUGAUUUUGAAAAACUGCUUUAUUAGAAAAAUAGCAAACAAUAUUUUAUAACACAAUGCUGUCAUCUCUAUUUGCAAAUUUUGCUCCUUGGAGAUCACAGUUUAAAAAAAAGACUAAUCAACUGCUAAAAUUGGAAACAAAUAUAAAAGAACAAAGAUCUUGGAAUUAAAAUUCUGUUGAAAUAAUGUCACCCUUCUAGUAAAUAUUCUCUAUGCUGAAUCUGCCUCAAACACAAUAGGUACAAUUGUGUGACUAUUAAACAUUGCCAGAAAGGACACAGCAAAGCUGCUCAAUAGAGGCAAACAGAGGAAGGAAGUGUUACUUCUCUGCACAAGUAUUUAUUUAUACAAUUUGGUAAAAUAUACAUUGUUACAGAAAAUGUAAAAUAUAGAUGUGUCUAACAAAGAUGUCUAAUAAAAAUCAUUUAUAAUA